GGCAGUGGAGGGGACAUGUGUUCGAUGGUGAGGGGGUCCUCAUGAGAAGGAGGGCCUCGGGUAAGGGGAGUAUGUUACGGCGGUUGGCUGAGGGGUUGGGAGGGGAGGGGGACUUGGUGGGAGAUGUGGUCUAUCGUGGAGGGUGGCGGGGUGGGAAGAAGAAAUGGGCGUG